AUGAAGAUCAGCAGUUGUGUAUUGCUUGGAGCUACUUUUUGUCUUGUCCAAGGCCGACCAUUUGUUAAGAAACGUGCAGUUAAUGAUGCUGCUAUUCUUAACUAUGCCUUGACGCUUGAACAUCUUGAGGCAACUUUCUAUCAACAAGGCCUACAAAAUUACUCACAUGAGGCCUUUAUGAACGCUGGGUUCCCGGACCCUUUCUAUGCAAACUUACAGGAAGUUGCUUCAGAUGAGCACACUCAUGUGACUUUCUUAACUAGUGCGCUAAAUGCCGUGGGUUCUCCAGCAGUCGCGCAGUGCAACUAUGCAUUCCCAGCGACCGAUCCAAAGAGUUUUGUUGCACUAGCCAAUAUUUUAGAGGGUGUCGGAGUUAGUGCUUACCUUGGGGCAGCUGCUUCGAUCGCAAACAAGACAUAUCUUACCGCAGCAGGUAGUAUCCUUACUGUCGAAGCUCGACACAAUGCCUACCUUCGUGAAGCUCUAGGACAAGUCCCUUUUGCUCAGCCCUUCGAUAAUCCGCUUGAUUUGAAUGAGGUUUACACGCUUGCCUCGCCUUUCAUUACUUCAUGCCCUUCAACUAACCCGCAGCUUCCAGUGAAGGCUUUCCCUUCUCUGACAAUGACACCUAGUGGGAAUGUUAUGAACGGAUCCACAGCGACUUUGGUGACUGGUGCUGGUUUCAACGCCACGGGUAACUCCAAUUUGUCGGCCGCGUUCAUCACGGUCACCGGGCCUGUUUACGCACCACUUAAGUCCACUGGAAACAAUCAAUUCAUCGUAACGAUCCCCGAAGGGGUGGAGGGUCAGAGUUAUAUUGUCCUGACGAGUAGUAUGAGUGGCGUGAGUGACGAUAAUAUCGUGGCUGGUCCAGCCAUAGUUGAAGUGAUGGCGAUGUGA